CGCGCUAUACCCCUUAUAACCCUGGGGUUAUGAGGCAGGUGACGGGCUCCCUGUGCCGGGCCAGCUCCCGUGGCUGGCAGAGGCGGCUGCCCUGGCCCAGCCCCCCACGGACCCCUGUGAUGGCUUCCCCCCGCAGCCUCUCCUCGGCGGCCCCCUCAAUCCGCCUCUCGCCCGCCGCCCGCAGCCUCUUCGACGAGCCGCUGGCCAUCGCCGUGCAGGGCCUGGGCCCGCGGCAGCCGAUCACGCUGCGGACGUCUUUGCGGGACGAGACGGGCGAGCUCUUCCAGGCCUGCGCCCGCUACCAAGCGGGACACGACGGGGAGCUGGACCUCGCCCGCUGCCCCGCGUUGCCGGGAGGCAGCUUCUGCGGCCUGGAGCCCAUGGGGCUGCUCUGGGGUUUGCAGCCCCAGAAGCCCUUCUGGCGGCUGGUGAAGCGGGACGUGCAAACUCCCUUCGUCCUGGAGCUGGACGUGUUUGAUGGCCACGGGGACCCUCCCGGGCGGCUCCUGGCCCAGGCACAGCACGAGCGGGCGUUCCUGCGGGAUGGGGUGCGCAGGGUCCCGGUGCGAGACGGGAGGAUCCGGGCAACGCUUUUCCUGCCUCCCGGAAAUGGCCCCUUUCCAGGCAUUAUUGACUUGUGUGGAGCUGGAGGAGGACUCCUCGAAUACAGAGCAUGCCUGCUGGCCAACUAUGGCUUUGCUGUGCUGGCUCUGGCUUACUAUGGCUAUGAAGAUCUUCCCAAACAGAUGAAGGAACUCCACCUGGAAUAUUUUGAAGAAGCCGUAAACUAUAUGUUACAACACACCCAGGUUAAAGGCCCAGGGAUUGGGUUGCUUGGAAUUUCCAAAGGGGGCGAACUGUGUAUCUCCAUGGCCUCCUUUCUAAAGGGUAUCACAGCCACUGCCCUUAUAAAUGGCUCAGUGGCAAAUGUGGGCGCAGUGCUCUGCUACAAGGACAUCACCAUUCCACCCCUUGGUCUCAGCCCAGAACGUGUCAAGAUUAGCAAGUCUGGGAUUGCUGACAUUAUUGAUGCACUGAACAACCCACUAGAAGGGCCUGACCGCCAAAGCUUCAUCCCUCUGGAGAAGGCUGAGUGUCGCUUCUUGUUCAUUGUUGGCCAGGAUGAUCACAACUGGAAAAGUGAAUUCUUUGCAGUUGAGGGGAGCAAACGUUUGCAAGCUCACGGGAAGGAAAAGCCUGAGAUAGUCUGCUAUCCUGGAGCAGGGCACUACAUUGAACCCCCUUUUUUCCCAAUGUGUGCAGCCUCAAUGCACCAGCUGGUUGGCAAGCCUGUGAUUUGGGGAGGAGAGCCCAAGGCACACUGUGAGGCACAAGUAGAUGCUUGGCAGCAGAUCCAAGCUUUCUUCUGCAAACACCUCAUGGGCAAGCCAUCUGGAACAUCCAGUAAGCUGUGAUGUGACUUAGGUUACUUUAGAGACGAAAAGUCUGGUGUUUCAGAUUUGUUUUGUUAUAGAACUCUGAAUGAGAACAAAGAACAUCAGAGAAUAAGUUGCUGGGUUUCUUGGGGGAUGAUAGUAAGUGAAGGCAUGAGGGCUGCUUUCUUUUAACACCCUCCUCUAACAUCGGUUAGAGGUCUUAGUGCCAUGUUAUGUAUAGUAUUGGAUUACAAGCUGUAGAUAAAUGAUGGUGGUAAGGUUGGCUCUGCUUUGAAUGUUAAUUUAACUGGAAGGUAACUUAUUCAAGCUGAGAACUGGGAUGAGAA